UAUAACAAACAUCAAGAUUCAUUGUUUACAAAUGUUUGUGUUUGAUUUAACAUUUAAACUAUAAAGUUUUUUAUAAUUUCCAUGAAAUUAAAUAAAUUUGAACAUAACACAAAUGGAUACAAAUUUAAGUAUCAUCGAACUUGUCCAAAGGAGGCCAAUACUCUACACCAGAUGCAAUGAUUUUCCUGGACGAGCUCAUCAAUGGAAGGAAGUGGCUGAUAUUCUUAAAACUGAUGUUAGCUUUGUUAAAAGCCGGUGGCAUCUAUUACGAAGUAGAUUCAUGACAGAAUACUCUUCUGUUUUGAAAGGAAACCGCACUACAUUCAAGUAUCUAACUGAAAUGUCCUUUCUUUCGAAUCACAUAAACCUUGAAGCUUUUGAAAAAUAUUCUAAGGAAAACAAUCAGUACAGCUCCGAGCCAGAGUUUAAUAUAACAAUAAGAGACCUUGAAGCUGCUAGUGAUGAUGACUCUACUUCAGAAUUCAUUGAACUAGAAUUGGACGACGAAAGUCACAGGGAAUUGGCUCAAAUUCCGUUUGGUUCUUCAGAAGAAGUCAAUCAAAAUGUAUAUGUAGAACCGAUUUAUGUGGAUGAGUACUCGAAUACUUCUAAGCCCAUGGAAGAAGAUGAAGGAUCUUCAAGAAAUGAAGAUAAGCAACAACAAGUAGAAUUGUUUAUAGAAGUUCCAGCUUCGACUGCAAAGUGUGCGGAACCAGCGUCAAAGACACCUACAGAUACGAAAGAUGAACAGAAUACUGUCUUGAAAGAUGACGUAAAAUAUAAUAAGGUUAAAGUUAAACCGGAAGAAAAAGUCCCAGAGCUAGACAAAAUUUGUAAAACAGAAAACAUCUCUUCAACCACAAAUUCAAAAGAAACACUUCCAAAUAGUGUAGACAAACCGAUAUCCAGUCCAAAAACGGACAACUUGAGGUGUGAAGAUACUAUUUUUGGGGAAUUAGUAACAGCAACGUUGCGUCAAAUGCAGACUGACAAAAAGAAAGCUGUUAAAAGAGAAAUAAUGAAUUUGCUUUUUACAUAGAAAUAAAUAAAUAUUUUAAAUUUA